AUGCGAAAGGAGCAAGAGCGACAAGAAAGGUUUCUUAGAAGUUGUUUUUAUUGUGUAGUGUCUUUUUCCUGCUGUUUUGAUCUUUGUCGAUUCUGUUUUAGGCUUCGUGAGGAAGAGCGGCGUCGAGUCAAGGUUUUCGAUGAUGAGGCACAGACCACCGUACCUAAAGAAGAAGAAAAGAGUUUCAUAUAUGAGCAAAACAAGAUUCGGCGAAAUGUAAUUGUAAUGAAGCGUUUUUCUCAGACUUCAAAUGUGAACUACAAGUUAGCGUCUCGUCAUUCUUCGUAUGAGAUCACACCUGGUAAAGUACACAAACCUUCAAGUGAAAAUAACUACGGUAUAGAUGAUCUUUCGAGUGGUGACGAGACGGACCAAGAGGAGGCUCCACGUAAAAAAGUUCCAUCAUGGGCAGUAGGAAAGGAGUUUCAAUGCGAACUGCGAAGACAGGCUGCCAUACUUCGCUCAGGGGAAUUUGAUCUUAGUGAAUAUUUCGGGGAGGUUGAAGCACCGGAUCUCGCAUUGAUUUUCGGUAAAUCUAAGACGUAUCCGCGCCGAGGUUCAUCCGCUAUAUGGGAAUCCCCAAUUGGUUCUCUACUUUCUCGCAUAGGUGAGAGUUUUAUGUUAUUGCUUAAUUUAUAUUAA